UAAAAGGGGGAAGCACAAAGAAAUAGGCUGCUGUGGUCCGACUUGAUCUUUUCACUCAUUUUUUUAAAAGAGAAAACACCAUUUAAAAUGCAUUCAAAGAGAAAGUCUUGUUGCUAAGUUUGUGCUCAUUUAUUUUGUAAUGGCGGAAUAGAAUUUGGCAUUGAUGUGGAAGUUUUGGGGUGUUUUUUUCCCGUCGCUGUCCGCUAGUAAGCUAGCAAUUUGAGUGAACGCGACGAGUUUGCCUCAGUUCGUUUCGAGACGUAUUUGGAUAACUUAUUUAUAUAUUUCAUUUGUACUGGCACUCCUGGAGGGAUGUAGAUCUAAAUUCUCCACAGCGGAUUUUUCCAUGAAGCGUUGCGGAUUUCAAGGGUAUUUAAGUUUUCCAGUAGAGGAAUUUCUUGGUGACGGAUCUGGCACAGGUAGCUCACCUCUCCAUCCUGUCCUAUGGUAUGUUGACACGUCUUGCGGGGCCAAAGCAGAGGUGUCUGGGCGCUUUGGACAGGGUGUGAAGGAGAGGAGGAAAGCCAAACGAGGGACCAGGGAGGAAGACAUGGGCCAGUGCGUCACCAAGUGUAAGAAUCCGACGUCCUCACUCGGCAGCAAGAGUGGAGACAAGGAGAGUGGCUCCAAGUCUCAUAAGAAAGGCGGCAGUGCAGGCGGCGGGGGCCACAAAGAAGAGCUCAGUGUCACAUGUAGCAAGGCCACCAGCGAGCUGUCCAACGGCACCAAGCCCUCAGAGGUUACAGUGGAGACCCCCAUCAUCCCCACCAUGACCGGGGACCUGGCCAAGGAAACCCUGGACGGAGAAGGCCUGUCCCUGCUGCGUAUGGAGGAGCUGUUCCACUGCUACAAGGACGAGCUGGAGGAUGCCAUCUUGGAGGAGGGCAUGGAGAGGUUUUGUUAUGAUCUGUGCGUCGACCCGGCAGAGUUCCGCGUGCUAGUUCUCGCCUGGAAGUUCCAAGCAGCCACAAUGUGCAAAUUUACAAGGAAGGAGUUCAUUGAGGGCUGCAAAGCCAUCCAGGCAGACAGCAUCGAGGGGAUCUGUUCGCGGUUUUCCUGCAUGUUGCUGGAAGCCCAGGGCGAAGAGAACUUCAAGGACCUUUACCGUUUUACCUUCCAGUUUGGGCUGGACGCUGACGAGGGCCAGCGCUCGCUGCAGCGCGACAUCGCCAUCGCCCUGUGGCGUCUGGUCUUCACACAGGACACGCCGGAGAUCCUGGAGCACUGGCUGGACUUCCUCGCAGAGAACCCCUCGGGCAUCCGCGGCAUCUCCAGAGACACGUGGAACAUGUUCCUCAAUUUCACCCAGACUAUUGGGCCAGACCUCAGCAACUACAGCGAGGACGAGGCCUGGCCCAGCCUCUUUGACACCUUCGUAGAGUGGGAGCUGGAGCGCCGGAGAAAAGAAGAGGAGCGAGCCCUGAUGGCAAAAGGGGAGGAGGGCAGGUGUACUGACACAGAGUGCACUCCCACUACAGACAGACUUGAAACAGAGGGAAGCCGCGGCUCACAGACGUGGGGAGGCCACUGACCAGAAAAACAGGAUGUCCGUAAGGGAGGAAGUCAACUUCACCUAGAAGUGAACUGAGUAUCUGUGAAUCAUUGAAUGAAUAUUAGUAUUACCAUUUCAGCUGUGCAUUUAGCUCCCCUUUUAUGUUGGGAUGGGAUUUCUGCUUUUUUUUUUUGUGCUGUUUUUGAAAGGGCUCUAAAAACUGUUUUAAGCACUUCUAUUUAAGUUAUUGUUUGACUUUUUUUAUUUUUUAUCCUUGUGUUUUUAGGAAUCGGACAUGUGGUCCAUUUUAAUGUACGCCUUCCUGCCAUUACCCAGCAGAGUUAAGCCAUAACCUUUUCCCGCACAAGAUUUGUAUCAGGAAUAAGAUUCUCAUAUAGAAUAAGGGACAUUUUUGGCAGCCUGCAUGCAAAUAAUUUCUUACUGUCAAACAUGAGACGCGACAUAAAUUGUCAGUGAAGUUUACUGGAUUGGUGUAAUUUAGGUAGAUUGUAAGGUCAUAUUUUGCAGUGCCGCGUGGAUUAAUUGGUUUCAUGAGCAUUGCCUCUACAAUUAACACCCAACAUUUACAUUUCACGCAGUGAGGGCAUCUAUUUGCAGAAAGAACACAAAUUCCAUUCACAUUGUUGCAUAUCGUAUUUGAAUGAUCAUUUUAAACCUUCGGUCCACAGGCCCAGCCUCUUCUCUGCACCAAGUGUUAUGAGUGCUACAUGUAGUUUGGUGAAGCAGCUGCUGUGUUUUGUUUUUUUAACCCCCCCAAUCCACCCAUUUGAUGUCAACCCAUUUUCAAGCAGUAUGCAGCUAAAUGAUGUUGGCUUUUUUCAGCUGCACUCAGUCUAACUAAAACUUAACCUGAACCUAAAUCUGCAUUACAUUGAGCACAACUUUGACUGGGCGCAUCACAAAGUUGAUGUUGUCAUAUCCUCAUACUGAUAUACAAGAAAUCAUUUUAAAAGGUGUGUACAUUUCACAAAAUAAUAUUAACUUCUGCUGGUUUUGGUCGUAAUAAAUUGCACAGAAACUAAUGGCAUGCUAACUUGCUGUACUUGGCACAUCGCUGAGAGAUUGGUGAUAAUCUCGUAUUACCAUUUUGACACCUUUUUUUCCAAAUUGUAAAUCAGUAUAGAUUAGAGUGUUUUGGAAUGAGUGUUAAAUUGACCUGCUGGUUAAUCAAGACUGUGAGAAGAGUAACAGGGUGGCCAUCACCUUAUUUCUUAGGUUUACAUCUACUAUGGUUUUAUUUCACCCCCUUUCGUUUUUUUUAUAUGAAAUGUACUGAUUUAUAAUAAAUAAAAAAGUAUUGAAGUUUUGAC